AGUGUUCAGAUAUUUUAUUUCAGUAAACGUGAAUAUUCUAACAGUUCACAGUGUGGACUGACCUCAUCAGCUCUGGACGACAGCUGGGUUUUACUUUGAAAACGUAAAUCGGAAGUCUCGUACUGAGUGUUUCGGAUUUGACUCCGCAGUCAGAGGACUUUCUCUCUCCAUCCCGCAGCAGGUUGCUAUGGCCCGCAGGAUCAGCUGCACGGACCUCCCGUAAACCGAACCGAACCGAACUGAACCGAGUCUGCACGAGGAGCCCAUCCGCUCAGCGAGUUCAGCCCGGAGUCAGUGUGAUCAGCCCGGACUCUGCAGCUCGGUGUCCGUCCGCAUGGAGGCUCCGGGCGGCCCGAGACGGAGGAUCGUCCCGCUGCUGGUUCUGAUGCUCUGCUGUUCCGCCGCUCCGGGACGCGCCGAGAGGGUGUGUCACUGCAGCGGGAAGUCUUUCUGUCACUGUGAUGGGGUCAAAGGUCAGAAGGGUGAACCCGGGUACAUCGGAUAUGACGGACUUCCUGGAGAGACUGGUUACCCUGGAAAUGAAGGCCAUCAGGGCUUACCUGGAGAGAAGGGUGACCAGGGAGCAGCAGGAGUUCCAGGACUGAAAGGCUCUCGGGGUCUUUCAGGAAAACCAGGUUUCCCAGGACCUCCAGGACUGCCAGGGCUCCCCGGGCACGAAGGACCCAUUGGCCGACCUGGACUCCCAGGAUGCAACGGGACAAAGGGGCAUGCUGGGUACCCAGGGCUCCCCGGGGUUCCAGGACUUGUUGGCCCUCGAGGUGAACCAGGACUGCGAGGUGAAAAGGGCGACUCGUUCGACUAUCCCGACCCUCAGGAUAUCAAAGGAGCAACAGGAGCACCAGGACCAGAUGGAGAAAAUGGUCUGAGUGGAUAUCCAGGGGAACCAGGCUCGCCAGGAUCAUCAGGAUCAGGCGGACUUCCUGGAAUUCCGGGGUUGCCAGGGUUACCAGGAGAGAAGGGUCAAGAGGGUCCGAGUCCUGUUAUCCCAGGUCCCCGAGGACAGAAGGGGGAUCGUGGACCACCAGGGAUUCCUGGACAGAAAGGAAUCAAAUUAUACGCUGAAGGACCCAAAGAACUGAAGGGAGAACCAGGUCCAGUUGGAGAGAAAGGUUGUCUUGGACUUCCUGGUCUGCCAGGGAAACUGGGGGUUAAAGGAGGGAAGGGCAGGCGAGGUGAUCCUGGUCCACUAGGUAAACCUGGGAAGGAUGGAGUUCCCGGGGAGCUGGGAGAAGAGGGAAACCCAGGAGAUCGUGGUUUCCUCGGUCCUCCAGGUAUUGACGGAGCCAAGGGUGAGAAAGGUGAUCGUGGUUCUCCAGGUUUUCCAGGAGAGAUGGUCUGGAAUCAUAUCUUCCUGAAGGGCCAGCUUGGUGUCCCUGGGCCCAGUGGACGCCCCGGAGUCUCCGGAGAACAAGGACUCAUUGGUUUUCCUGGUCUUCAGGGCAAACCAGGUGAGGCUCUCCCUGGUCCACCGGGCCCCAAGGGACCGCCCGGCUCAUCCGGACCCAGAGGAGAACCAGGAGAGCCAGGUCUCAUACUCGUAGGACCCCGGGGACAGACUGGAAUCCCGGGAGGUCUUGGAGUUCAAGGAGACCCAGGCGAGCCAGGCAUACCAGAUUUCUUGCAAGCAGGUUUUGGUCUUCCAGGAACUAAAGGACGAAAAGGACAGACGGGUCCUCCUGGAAGCAGAGGGCAGGAUGGAGAGACAGGUGAGAAGGGGGAGGUGUGCUCGGCCUGUCAAGUUAUUUCAGGCCCUCCAGGACCUGCAGGUAAACCAGGAGCUCCAGGUGAAGAUGGUCAGGCAGGUUUAGCUGGUGUGCCUGGAUCCAAAGGUUACAAAGGAGUCAAAGGUGUGACAGGUCUACCUGGUCCACAGGGACCCUUUGGUGUCCCCGGCCUCAUGGGGCCCCCAGGACCUAUUGGUGACCAAGGGGUCAUGUAUAGGGUGGGGCAGAAGGGUGAGAAUGGGACUCAGGGACCGACGGGACCACCUGGUUUGGAGGGGAAAGAUGGACGUCCAGGAGUUAUAGGACCGAAAGGUGUUCUGGGAGAGAAAGGAAACCCUGGGCCUCCGGGGCUGAAAGGUAACAGGGGCCCACCUGGGGAGACUGGUUCCAGAGGUCCAUUAGGACAGAUGGGACCUCCAGGGCCUCUUGGGAUCGGGGCUUCAGGACCUCCAGGACCUCAAGGCAAUGAGGGAAUUGUGGGACGCCAAGGAGAUCUUGGAAAACCAGGAGAAAAAGGCUCUCCUGGCAAAAUCACAUCGUUUCCAGGAGAUCCAGGACAGAAAGGAGAAAAAGGAUUAUCUGGAAACCCGGGACCUGAGGGUGUGAUAGGACCUCCAGGCGGUCAAGGACCUGUUGGUCUAAAGGGAGAACAAGGAGACAAAGGAUUUUCGGUUCAGGGCUCUCUAGGCUUCCCAGGGGUCAAAGGGCAUAAGGGUGUUUCAGGAGCUCCAGGUUUACCAAGUUUUGGUAUCAAAGGACGAGCAGGGCCAUCGGGUCCCCCGGGGAUGCCGGGCCCCAAGGGGGUCAGCGGUAUUGGUUUCCCAGGUCAGCAAGGUCAAUCAGGACCUCUGGGAGAAGAUGGGUCUGUGGGGCUCCAAGGAGACCCUGGACCUCAAGGACCAGAUGGCGCUCCAGGACCUCAAGGAGAGGACGGACUACCAGGUCCCAAAGGUCAUAGUGGUCUGGGUGGUGUUCCCGGUCCUGUUGGUUCUGUUGGACCCUGUUUACCUGGAGCUGCUGGACCUAGAGGAGCAACAGGACCAGUUGGCGUCAUCGGAUUCACAGGGGCACGGGGCUCAAAGGGCAUGCGGGGUGACCCUGGGCUGUCUGGUGUGGGAGUUCCAGGGAACCAUGGGUCAUAUGGGGAACCAGGGUUUAAUGGACCGCCAGGGCCAGUAGGAGGAGUUGGAUUGAAUGGCCUGACAGGGGCCAAUGGGGAGCCAGGAAGCCCAGGUAUCAGAGGGGAAGAGGGUCCUGUAGGACCACGUGGGCGUCCAGGAGAUGAUGGGAAACCCGGAGAGACUGGACAACCAGGACCAAAAGGUCAGAAUGGUGAAGGUGGAUCCAGGGGUCCUCAAGGGCCUCGGGGUCCACAGGGAGACAGAGGAGAAACCGGAGCAAAAGGAAUUCAGACAAAUGUGGUGAUGAAUGGGGAUCCUGGAGAUUCUGGAUGCCUUGGGUCCUUGGGUUUCACUGGUACUAAAGGAGAGAGGGGCCCCCCAGGGCCACACGGUUCAGAUGGCAGCAGUGGUAGACCUGGAAAUCCCGGUCAACCAGGACUUCCUGGAGACCCUGGCAGAGAUGGAGUGAGUGGUCCUCCUGGUCCCAGAGGUCUCGCCGGUAACCCAGGAGAGAUAGGAAGGCCAGGAUGUAGAGGUGAGAAAGGUAUGGCAGGGCCAUGUGGGCAACCUGGUGCAGAUGGAAAGCCAGGAUCACCAGGACCUAAAGGUCCCAAAGGAGAGCCAAGUCCACCUGGACCAGGAUCCAAAGGUUUUCCAGGAGAGAAGGGGAAUCCAGGAUGUCAUGGAUCUCCAGGUGUCAAAGGGAAACCAGGGGAUGUUGGAGACUUUGGUCCUGAAGGAGCAUGUGGCCCCUGUGGCCCCAAAGGACAUCAUGGACCCCCAGGAUGCAAUGGUCCUCCUGGGCCCCCUGGUGAAAAGGGUUGUGAUGGUCCUCCAGGGAAAAAUGGCCCCCUAGGACCCACUGGCCUCACAGGUAACAAGGGGCCUCCUGGAGAUCCUGGUCCGGCUGGUCCAAGAGGAAACCAGGGACAAGAUGGGAUACCUGGACCUCCUGGAGAGAAAGGAGCCAUGGGAGCUCCUGGAUUCGGACCUCCGGGUACAGAAGGAAAGAGGGGUACACCUGGUUGUGCUGGGGAGAAGGGUCCUCUUGGUCCAAGUGGUCCUCCUGGUCCCAGUGGUCCUGGAGGAGACCCAGGUUGUCCUGGUCCUCCCGGACCUCCCGGUCUCCCCGGUUGUCCUGGUGUGGAGGGAGUCUGCACUGAAGGAAUAAAAGGCGAAAAUGGACAUCCUGGAGCACAAGGACCCAAAGGUGUACCAGGCAUUCGGGGUCCUCCUGGUCCUCCAGGUCCUGGAUUUAAAGGAGAAAAGGGAAACAGAGGAGCCACAGGUGACCCAGGAUCAACUGGUUGUUCUGGUGACCCUGGCCCUCAAGGCACACCAGGCAAUGACAGACCACCAGGCCCACCUGGGCCCAAAGGAAGUAUGGGAGAAAUUGGUGUUACAGGACCUGUAGGUACAAAGGGGAAUCAAGGACCACUGGGUUGCAAAGGCUCACAAGGACCCCCAGGACCACCUGGGAGGAGAGGCCAGAGGGGAUGUGAUGUACCCGGAGAGGUGUUGAUGUACGCAGGGGAUAAAGGCUCAACUGGAGAUCCGGGACCCCCAGGACAAAAAGGACCUCCAGGGGCCCGUGGCAGACUUGGAGAUCCAGGUUUGAAGGGCAGCAAAGGGAAGGCUGGUAAAAGAGGACAAGUUGGUAAUCAAGGAUUAAAAGGGGAUCGAGGAGAACCGGGAGACCAAGGACUAAGAGGUGUUGAAGGUUUACAAGGUCCGGUCGGUGCUAAAGGUGUUCCAGGUCCACCAGGUUCCUGCACAAAUCCACCAGAGAAGGACGGCUUCCUAUUUACCAGACACAGCCAGGAACUCAGUGAGCCACAAUGCCCUGCAGGAUCCAGUUUAAUAUACACAGGAUACUCACUGCUGUUCAUCAACGGAAACAACCAAGCCCACGGACAGGACCUGGGUACUUUAGGAAGUUGUUUGCCUCAUUUUUCCACUAUGCCAUUCCUGUUCUGCAACACCGACAGCACCUGUCAGUACGCUUCACGCAAUGACUACUCCUAUUGGCUGUCCACUGAUGAAGUGCUGCCAAGCACUUUAACGCUCCUCUCCGGGGAAAUAUUGAGGCGAUACAUCGGCCGAUGUUCAGUGUGUGAGGCCAGAGCCAACGUGAUCGCCAUCCACAGUCAGACCUAUUCAAUUCCAGACUGCCCUUCGGGCUGGACCUCUCUCUGGUCUGGAUACUCCUUUGCGAUGGAGACAGGAGUGGGGGCGGAGGGGUCCGGUCAGCCUCUGGCCUCGCCUGGAUCCUGUCUGGAAAAGUUCAGGAAAAUUCCCUUCAUCGAGUGUCACGGCAGAGGAACCUGCUACUACUACACCGACUCCUACAGCUACUGGCUGGCUGCUCUCAACCCCGACGACAUGUUCAGCAAACCGAAGCCUCAGACUGAUACAAGAGAAUUUCCAGGACGUCUGAUCAGCCGCUGUCAAGUCUGUAUGAAGCAGCUGUAAACUUCAACGCUUCUGCUGCCGAUGCUACUGAUACUACUACUGUAAAUACUACUGCCGCUAACACUACUGAUACUCCUACUACUGAUGAUGGUGCUACUUCAUGGUACUCCUGUCUACUCACACCAGCGGUGAGCGUGUUAGCUGCAUAGGCUACAUAGAAAGACUUCAUGCUAACAAGCAGUAAUAUGUUGCAGUAUUGACCAAUCAGAGGGCAGACAACUUCAGCUCCAGUAAAAUUUGAACUUACAGAGACUUUGGUGAAAAUAAAGUGGCUGAGCUUAUACAAUUCUAACUGAUAACAAUGCAAUUUCAACAUUAUACCUAAGAAGCACAAAGAAAAUCUUAAUAUCUGAUUGGCUAACAAGGUCUGAUGAGCAGUUCAUCACUGUCCAAUAAAAUUAGUUUUCCUUUCAGCGUUCUUCUUCAUCGUCUCUUCCUGCAUGACACCUCAGGUUGUGUUGCUGCUGGCAAAUUACUGCUAAAAUUACUACGGUGCUUAUUUGAAAGCAGUUAAAGUAUCAAACAAGCAGUAAAUUGUACAUGAGUAUCUAAAGUAAAAGUUCUGAAGAUUUGCUCCUUUCAGAAUAAAACUACUUUGUUAAUAUCAGCGAUCAGAUAAAACUGCAGACAGCAUCACAGUUAGUAAAAGUACAUCCAGUUUUGAAUGUAAAACUUCAAAGUACUUGCCAACAAAUAAUGGAGUACUGGAGUAAAAAGUACUUCUAUUGCUACAACAGUACCAUGGCAAUUGGUGAACAAUGCUAACAAAACAAUAGAUUGAUAUAUAGAUACUUUAUUGAUCCCGAGGGAAAUUCAAUUCUGAUCUCUGACAUAGCUGUGAGUGAUAAAUCAGCUGGGGUACCCAGUUGCUACUACUGCAAAUACAUUUACUGCUCCUUCUGCUACUGCUUGUACUGCCACUGUUGAUCAUACUGCUUUCGACAGUACUAACUGCGGAUGUUCUGAUAUUUGACACCAUUCAUAGUUGUCAGUAUGUCGUAGAAAAUCAGCUACCACUACUGCUACCAUAAAUACUGCGGCCAAUGAUACUAUUGUGAGUGCUGCUACUACUUAUCUAUGCUACCGUUAUCUACAAAUGGUAACUACUGCUACUACAGUUCCACUGCUCAUACUACUGUCACCAGUACUAACAUGACUAACACCACUGCUCUGACUGGAGGAGGGCAGGGCUGAACCACCACAGAAGAAGAACAAGAACAUGAACUGCUGUUCUUCUGACAGCCACUAGAGGGGGCUCCAAGAAAACUUGAAGUGGAUGAGAAAACCCAGAAGAUUUUAAAAAAAAUUCUGCCUGAUAACAUAGUCUGGAGCUCACUGAUUGAAUGAGUAUCUCGCAAUGCAUUCUGGGUGUUAUUCUGGGUCUUUGAUGAAUAAGUGCAGGAGGGCUGAACAUUUCUUUCUAUUCCUUACUAAACAGAGUAUAGAUGUACAAAUACAUAACAUGAAAUAACUGUUUACAGUCUCAACACAUCAUUUUCACAUCAACAAGAAGCUUUUUGUUCUCAGUUGUACAUACUCUUAUACUAUAAUUGUUAAAUACACUGAUAUACCAUGAUAAAUUUGGAUAACAUUAUUUUUGGUUUUUAUGAAUAUGAUUCUUGUUGAAUUUAAUAAAACGUGUUGUUUAACUGAA